CUUCUCCUCCCUCCUUCCUUCCUUCUUCAGUUCUCUCUCGAGGACAGAGAGAAGAAGUUACCACUGAUCCCACUAUUUUUAGAGAGAGAAACUAAAACUAUUUUUUAGGGUUUUUAGAGAGAGAAAUUCGUCAGUAGAUGGUUUGUGAAUUUGUGUGAAAAACACAGAGAUGUAUGUGGGAUCAAUGAGAAGAUAUUUCAAGGAUUCUCUCAAAGUUCUUGAAGCGGAUAUUCAACAUGCCAAUACUCUGGCAUCUGAUUUUUCACGGGAGUACAAUGGCGCGUGUGUGCAGAUGAGAAUGUCGUAUAGCCCGGCUGCACAGUUUUUCCUUUUCUUUGUUCAGUGGUCAGACUGCCACCUUGCGGGUGCUCUCGGACUCUUGAGGAUCUUGAUAUUUCAGGUUUACGAUGAUGGCACCACCACCAUGUUCACACAUGAACGGAAAGCGAGCAUAAGAGAAUUCUAUGGAAGCAUAUAUCCGUCUUUAAUGCAACUUCAAAGUGGUGUCACUGAUUCUGAAGAAAGAAAGCAAAAGAAGGUAUGCAUGGAAAGGUAUAAAAAACGAGAAGAUGAAGAUUACAAUCGAUAUUCUGACGUUUACAUUGAAUGGGAAGAAGAAUGUGGUAUUUGUAUGGAGAUGAAUAGCAAACUCGUCUUACCCAAAUGUAACCAUGCCAUGUCUUCAAAAUGCCUUAACGUACGACGCGUACGCGAUGAAAGUUCGCACGUUAAAAAAGCAGGAAAUACAAUUUCGCAUGUUAUACAAUUUCGCAUGUUGUUAUGGAAACCCAAAUUCACAUGUUAGUUACAAGUAUUCGCAUGUUGGUAAUGCAUCGCGUACGGGUCGUACGUUAAGUCAUUUUGUACGUUAACCGGCCUCUAUAUAUAUAUAUAUAUAGAGAGAGAGAGAGAAAGAGAGAGGGGGGGACGAUGAAUGUAGGACCAAUUAUAAGUUGAGAACCGCAUAAGCACCUGACGUAGUGGUGACUAAAUGUAGUGUGAGAGAGAAAGAGAGGCGAUCAAGCUCUUGCAUAGUUGUCUUAUGUAUCAUAUAAAGCUUUAUAUAUAUGUGUGUGCGUGUGUGAACUAA